AUGGGAAUAAGCUCCGCCUGUGAUCGGGUGACGGCUAACGCUAUCGAUAACAUCCUAUCCAGACCGCGGAAAACGUCUCAGGAUGCACUGGACUGGACGUGCAAGCCGGACUAUGGACGGGUCCCCCAAUAUCUCCAAGACGUCAAAAAGACAUUGGACUUGGAAUAUGCGUACCUGGAGUCGCUGCGGAACUCUACAAAGACAGCAGGCGCCGGUCCCCCCGGAACAACGCAAGUGCGAGUGAUGCCUGAUCAUGAGAAAUGCGCCCUGCUCGCCGCGCUAAAGCGAAGAUGGGAUGCGCUUAACUUGGAGUACCAGAGUACAACGCACAUUAUGAACCUCGACACUAUUGGAAAGGCAAGACGGAAAGAGAACUUUGAGGAGCAGCUUGCCGCCAUUGAAAAGUUCAUCAUCAAAGCCAGCAAAAAAACUGUGGUGGUCACCAAUGUAUGA